CAAAGGCCGUUCAGGUGAACUUAAACAUGUCUGGAGUCGUGUUUCCACCAGAGAGCGUCCACAAUUUUAUGAUCCCGAAAGAAGAGGUUCACACUCAAACCUCGCAAAGGUACAUGUCCAAGUAUCGCCCGACGGUUGUUCUUGAGAACAAGUCAGCCAAGGAUGCGAUGAGGACGAUGGGGCCGGCGAAGGUAGAGGUGCCAUCCCCAGAGAGGUACCUCAAGAAGCAUUGCAAAGAGGACAAACUAGAAAAAACGCCGUCUCCCAAAGACGUCCGUCACGCCUGCGCCGUGAAGAAACCAGCGGUGCCCGUGAAGACGGACAACCCACCGAUGGGCCUCCACACCAAGAGAGACUUCACGAGGACGGCCACGGCGGUGCCGAUGAGGCCCCGGCCCGCCUGUGUGGACGCCCGGAACGGACAUAAGCAGCUCCUCGAAAACUCGGGACUCGUCCCCGAAUACAUCAAGAAGAAGCAAUACGGAGAGGUACCCGAGUACCUGCAGCAGCGCAAUGAAGAAGAGCGGAGAGCUCGGGAGAGGUAUCACGACUGUGUGACACAACAGCGGCAGCAGGGAGCCAUGAAACUCCUGUCGGAGGAGGAGCGGAGAGCCACGCUCGAGGGCCUGAAGAAGUCUUGGGACAAGCUGCACCGUGACUACCAGAGCCUCUCGUUGGUCACAGACACCCUGUCCAAGAAGGCCCGCAGGUGUCAACUGGAAGUGGAGCUGAACCGGCUGGAGGACGACAUCAACCGCUUUGAGAGGUUCAAGACCAUCUACAUCUCCAGUAACUAAGACAUGAAACACUGGAGUCAGUCAGCUGACUCUGAGAAAUAAAAACAUCUUUAAAUC